AUGGGCAGUCAGGCCAACCAAGACCACCAACCACCCAGUCAGGCCAACCAAGACCACCAACCACCCCAAGUCAGGCCAACCAAGACCACCAACCACCCAGGCAGGCCAACCAAGACCACCAACCACCCAGGCAGGCCAACCAAGACCACCAACCACCCAGUCAGGCCAACCAAGACCACCAACCACCCAGGCAGGCCAACCAAGACCACCAACCACCCAGGCAGGCCAACCAAGACCACCAACCACCCAGGCAGGCCAACCAAGACCACCAACCACCCAGUCAGGCCAACCAAGACCACCAACCACCCAGGCAGGCCAACCAAGACCACCAACCACCCAGGCAGGCCAACCAAGACCACCAACCACCCAGGCAGGCCAACCAAGACCACCAACCACCCAGGCAGGCCAACCAAGACCACCAACCACCCAGGCAGGCCAACCAAGACCACCAACCACCCAGGCAGGCCAACCAAGACCACCAACCACCCAGGCAGGCCAACCAAGACCACCAACCACCCAGGCAGGCCAACCAAGACCACCAACCACCCAGGCAGGCCAACCAAGACCACCAACCACCCAGUCAGGCCAACCAAGACCACCAACCACCUCAGUCAGGCCAACCAAGACCACCAACCACCCAGGAGUACUUUUGCACAGUCAGCUUAA